GUAUUAUUAAUAUUAAUAGCCUUUCUUAAUUAACUUAACCUUCUGUAUAGGCUGUCUCCCUCAGACCAUAUCGUUGACUUUCUAUUUCCCUUGAUCUGUCAUUUUUUACCUUGCUCUGUUUCGGGUGGCUCUGAAGUUUCAAGAUCAGAGAAGAAGACAGGUGUUAGUGUUAUUCAAUAUGUUUGAAAAUAAGGAUGUGCUUCCUGGAUUUGUGGUCUGGAUUAAUCAGACUAUUCAAGAGCCUCUCAAGGCUGAGUUCAAGAGGUUAAGGAAUAUCAAAGAGCAAAGCUUGGUCAAGAGUCUUAACAAGAUAGAGGCAGAGACUACUUAUGAUAAGCACAGAGAUGAGGAGAAGUUAGAAAGGCAAUUACAAUCUUGGAGAAACAAUCCUUCAUGGAUUGAUCAACCUCCUAAGGUUCAGGUGAAAACACAAAACGGUUCGUUUUGCCAUUUGAAUGUAGAAGUUAACGUGGGAUUGCCUCCUGAAUCAGUCUACAAUAUUUUCACUCAUCCAGACAACAAACGAUACUUCAAGAACAUCAAGGAAUGCAUAUCAAGAAAAGUUUUGAUGGAGGAAGGACCAAUGCAGACAGUGGAGGUGAAGCAAGCCGCGGCUUGGAAGUUUCUUUGGUGGGCUGGUACUUUCCCUGUACAUCUAAUUGUCCAAGAAAAUCGAAAAAAUCUCACCUCAAAAUAUAAGCAAGAGAAAACAAUGUUCAUGAAAGUGUUUGAGGGUUGUUGGAGAGUAGAGCCAUUGUUUAUAGAUGAACAUUUGUGUGACCGCAUGAAACCAAAAACUCUACAAGAUUACGAUAGUUGUAGCAAUGGACGAGGAAGGGUAGGGUCGAAGGUGACAAUGGAUCAGAUGUUUCAGCCUUCUGCUAUACUUACUCCACCUCCACUUUCUUGGUACAUUCGCGGGAUCACCAUUAAAACCACAGAGAGUAUGAUUGAAGAUCUCCUCGCUGAAGCUGCUAGGCUCCGAGGAGGAGGAGGAGGAGGCCAUGAUGAUGAUGGUCAAGGAGAAAACGGCGUUGUAUUGGAGAAGAGCAAAGAUGAGCACAUAAAGGAGAGAUGGAGAUCACGUAGGAGAAGUAACGGGAUGAGAUAUACGAAUCGGAGAAUGAUGUAAUUAAUGUAAUUGUAAUUAAUGUAAUUGUAACCCUAAAAUAUCUGACUACCUAUUGUUGAUUCAAGCAGUGCCAAUUCAUGGCACAACCGGAUAAAACCUUCUCUUUUUUUUUAA